AUGGCCUCUUGGCACAAGGGCGAGGAGAAGGCCAGCCGACAACGAGCCAUCAAACGAGGAGACAGCGGGCCCAAAAAUAGUCUAGAUACGGCACCAAUCAACGGGGCGGGAGGGGGGCGGGAGGAAACGCGGCGGGAAGAAAGCAAGCGAGAAGAGACCGACCGCGUAACGUGACAUGUUGCGGUUGAAUUUCAGCGACUAGUUUUUAUGUUGCCCUCUCCCCAGUUUGCUGUCGCGUUCAGACUGUCUCUACGGAUAUCCCUGUCUCUGUGCGAGUUUGUUUAUGUCCUCGUCUGCCUUUGGUUUAUUUCGUUGUAUUUUGAAUUGUUGUUUUACUGGCACGUACUGCUGACCCUUGGGGUCCUUCCGGAAGGCUACACCCCAGGCUGGUGGUGCGCACGUUCCACUAUUUAUUUAUUUAUUUGUUUCCAAUUCUUUUGUUUUCUUGUAUUUUAUC